AAUCCUGUAAUAAGCCUCUUGGGCUUGAAGAUGGAACAAUUCCUUCAGAAAAACUGACAGCAUCUUCGGAGUAUUCACAUGGCUUUGCGGCUCAUCUUGCCCGACUAAAUGAUGCCAGGGGAUGGAUAAGUAGGAACAACCAACAACAAUGGAUUCAAGUUGAAUUUUCUUCUCCGUUAUGGGUAACCGGAUUGAUUACGCAGGGCCGGGGAGACUAUCCCCAAUGGGUGCGCUCAUACGAAGUUCACUACAGUCUUGAUGGAGACACAUUUACUACAAUCAUGGACGCCGGUGCAGUUGCAGUGUUUAAUGCCAACUCAGACCAUGACACUGCCGUAACAAAUAUGUUCCCAUCCAGAGUACGCGCCAAGUUUAUCCAAAUUCAUACAACUAUCUGUCAUGAUCGUUGCAGCUUAAGAUUUGAAGUUCUUGGAUGCUCACAUGACACAAUACUGUACAAUCAUCAUUGCUACAAGUUUGUAAAUAAUGCUACAACUUGGAACGACGCGAAAGCAAUGUGCGAGAGUUUCUCUUCACAUUUAAUUACGAUCAACACGGAAGAAGAGCUGUCUAACAUCACUGCUAUCGCCUCGACUUUGGACGAUUUCCCGGUAAAAAUAUGGACAGGGUUGAACGACGUUGCGGAGGAAGGACAUCCAGUCUGGCUGACCCACGAACAACCGACAUACAAUGAGUUUCGAAUUACUACCGACCCGGAUAAUAAGGAUUGCUUUCGUAUCGGCUCGGGUGGUAACAUUCGUCACGAAAGCUGUAAUGAUGAGUAUGGAUACGUUUGUGAAAGUAAGAACAAUUAAAAAACGUAUAAUAUAACUUUCAUUGUCUAAUAUUAAAAUGGAAUUUGGUUUUCUUUUUAGU